AUGGCUCAAAAUGCUACUACCGAUCCAUCUGAAGUGACGGCGUUGUUCUCAAUAUUCAAGCAAUGGGACAUGCAAGCCCUGCCUAUCAGUGGAGGAGAGCAAUGCAUUGGAUUUGCCAUCAAUGGAAGCGAGUUCGAAAAGCCAGAGAAUAAUCCAGCCACAUCACCAAACUGUAUUCGAGUUCAUGCUCUGAACAAACGAGGGGUGUUUCCAAAAGAAUUUGAGGCUUUAAGAUAUCUGGCCGUUUUGUAUGAAGUUGUUGGGUACCUUAACAGCAAGCAGGCGGCACUGUUCAAAAGAAUGAUUUGGGAAGCAAUGAACAAGGACUAUGAUAAGGGAAAGAGUAGAAAACGAGCUAGAAUGGCCAAGAAAGCUGUUCCUGCUAAAAAGCCAGAAAAGGCUGUCAAAGUUUCUACUGUGAUGGAUACUAAGAAUAGGCUGAGUUCAAAAAUCAACUAUGAAGCUUUGGAUAACUUAAAUGAAGAGCUUGUUCGCAUCUUCUAUAUGUCUUAUUUUAGAAUCAAUUUUGCUUUAUUCAUGCUUUGCAAAUCCCGUAUUAUGUUCUGUCAACAUCCAAGGGUUAUGCACCUGCAUUUGAGGAAGGCACAAAGUCUAAUUGUGGCAGUCUUGGUGAUAUGUAACUAUCCAAAUGAGAAGAACAGUCGUAAAGAGGCUGAAGCCAGACAAGGCCAAGAUGACGAUUCAUAUGUUGCAAAUGACAAAUAUAAUGGAUACAAUUAA